AUGGCGUCUUCCAAAGCAUCGAAUGCCGGAAGUAGCUACAAGGAGCAGAGAGAGCAGAAGGUUCUUGAUGUCAUGUUUCUCUGUGACGAAUGGAAAUCUUCAAAGGGUGGAUUAUCAACUUUCAAUCGAGAAUUUGCCAUUAAUUUGGCACAAGCAACGACUGGUAGCAUGACAAUCCACUGCUAUGUCUCUAAUAGCGAUGAUCGGGACAGAGAAGAUGCUAAACAACAUGGUGUCAAUUUAAUCACAGCCCGAAGUGUUCCUGGUUCAACCGACCGCCUCGAGGGCUUGAAGUUUUCACCCUCAGAGCUCCCAAACCCACAUCUGGUGAUAGGCCAUGGAAGAAAACUGGGUUGUCCUGCGUAUUCCCUCCUACAGAAUACAAAGUGUAAAUGGAUCCAAUUUGUUCACGUCUACUGCGAGGACCUUGGGAAAUAUAAAGAAUCUGCCACGGCUGCAGAAGAUACAAUCGAAGAGAACGAGAAGAAGCAUAAGAUGGAAAUUGAGUUGUGUGAAGCAGCGGAUGCAGUUGUCGCCGUCGGCUCCCGUCUACAACGGAAGUACAGCAGACGUCUCCUUAAUGUUGAAGUGAAGAUUAUCACUCCUGGGAUCUUUGGAAGGUUUUCCAAUGAAUCAAAGUUGGCUGUAGACAGAUCGGUAGUAAAGAAUUUUAAUGUGUCUUUGUUUGGCCGAGCUGCCUUUGAGGAUCUUUCCCUGAAAGGCUAUGAUGUAGUCGCAAAUGCCAUUGGUUCUCUUGGUGAGAACUUUGAGUUGACAUUUGUCGGCUCAUCUCCCGGUGAACAACGAAAAGUUGAGCAAUGGUUUCUUGACAACACGUGUAUCAACCGCAACCAACUAACCAUCCGUCGAUAUUGCUGUGAACAAGAGGAACUCAAGAUGAUGUUCUAUCAGUCAGAUUUGGUUGCUCUGCCAUCUCGCACCGAAGGAUUUGGGCUUGUUGCCCUUGAGGCCAUUUCUGCUGGUGUUCCUGUUCUUGUCUCUGGCGAAUCUGGCAUAGCUGAGGCUUUGCAAAAGGUAGACGGUGGAAACACUGUCAUUGUUGGAUCAGGUGAAAAUGAAGAUGAAUGGGCACGAAGGAUCAGAGAGAUGUAUCGAGAAAGCGCAGAAGAGAGAGAAGCCAAAGCUGUGAAGCUUCGCGAGAACUACAGGAAGGUUUACUCUUGGAAAGCAGAAUGCGAGAGGUUUAAAGGGCUGAUUGAAAAUGUUAUGAAAACUGCAAAUGGUGAGUGUACUUCUUCAAUUCUUCCUUUUGUUCAGUACAUUAGCUGAAAUUUUAUGCAACUUGUAUGAAGCUAAACCUUAUGUGUGGACUGAGCCACAUAAGGUAAACUGAAUACUGGUACAUGUAGAUAAACACAAGAACGAGUGAAUUGCACCUUUAGUCCUGAGUUGUUACAUUUAUCUAGACUUGUAGUUGGACUACAAGUGUUCAAGUGCAUUGUCUUUUUGAGUGCUUUUUGAUAUAAAAAAUAACUCUAUGUUAGUGUACAGAGUGUCAUAUAUCUGCCACCGAUCAGAUUGCUGCAUUAGGGCAUUUAUCUUGCACCAAUGAGAUUGUCACUUAAGGGUAUGUAUCUUGCACCAAUCAUAUUACAGCAUUAGGAUAUCUUACACCAUUCACAGCAUUUGUGUAUUGUUUUCUUGCAAAUUAUGUCAUCAAAUCAGGGGACUGUGCAGAAAGAAUGGUCUUCACCACAAAUUUUGGGCUCAUUUGUUAAGUGUAAUGGUUUGUGGGCUUUGCCUUAAGGUUGAGAUUUAUCAGGAUAUGGAAGGAUCACAUCUGACUUUUUGUAUCAUUUUUAAGUUAAAAUAUGUUUUUCCUUUCUUUUACUGAUGAUGCACUUACCAAACAACUCACAUUCCAUCAAGUACCAUAGAAAUAAUCUUUAAAGUCCAAUCAGAACAUACCCAAUCAUUGCACUACAUGAACACUGUGUAAUUUUUCAUGUGCUUGAAUUAUACUCUACCAAUCAAAUUCCACUUUGCUCCAUCAUGUGUCAUUUCCUCGUAAACAACCUGCAUUCUAUCACAUAUUCCAAAUGCAUUUUCCAACUCCACCAAAAAAAAUUCACACAAAACUAAAUGGGACUGAUGGUGAACUUUCCAUGCAACUGCUACCAUGGACUUAACCCAAUUGCAUGUCAAUUCAUUGAAAACAACCUGCAUUUCAUCAUGUAUUUCACACACACAGGGCAAAGUCCAGAUGGGCAACAACCAAUCAAGCGGCCCUCUUUGAAUUAUUUUCCUUUUCUCCUGUUUAACGUAUCCUAACUUAUUCAAGGUUACGAUAUAUCUUUGGUGAGGUUCUGUUGGAAAUACAACAGAGUUUCAGUUUGCUUUUUGUCAUAAAGUUAGGUGGAAUUCUAUUUUUUGGACAACUAACUGUAGAUAAAUAAUUUUCAUUUCCUCUCUGUUAGAGGAACAGCAGAGAGUGUGGUCUCUUUUGCAACUGUUAUUUGGUGUCUUCACGCAACAUGCUCUCUUUCAAAAGGGGAAUAGAAGGUGUUGUUUGAUGGGACCAAACUAUGGCAGUGAAGGAGACAACAGUUAGUGUGGCACUGAUGCAUUUAAUUUUUGCUUAGAAGUAUUUGGACAAUAGAGAAAAUAGGCCACAAAAUACCUGUGUGGGUUCAGAUAAAUUACAUUUUUAUUUUCUUUCUCUUAAGGGGAAGUAAUACAAUAUUUUCGUUUGUUUACAAAAAUGAAAACAUUAGUUACACAAAAUGUCCCAUCUCAACCCACCCAGCCAUGAAAAUAACUCUUGCAUGCUAGACAUGCUUAUGUUUCAUCUUAGCUAAGUCUGUUUAGAUAUUUCCAUGUUUGAAACUGUUAGUAAUAUUUUAAAUCAUUGAGAAUUUUGAUUCUACUAUGGAAUGAGAUAAAGAUGCAAAAGAAACUGAAACUGAAGCAAUAUAUUUACUGUAUGUGGUAAUCAUUUUCAUUUGUUCAAGUUGUUGUUGGUAUCUAUUCAUUGGUAAUAAGCUCUAUGUUUGAUUGGUAUUGCCUCAUUGUAAUGUUCUCACAUUUCAGUGGUAAAUUAAAUAGGAAGUGAAAAAACCUUGUUAUAUUAGGAUUAAAUUUGACUGUUACAAUUUAACAGGUGGUGAAAUGAAUAUUAAGGUUGAUGUGGAUGACUUGAAACCUGAAGAACAGAAUAUGCAGACUGGCAUGUUGGCAACAGAGUCUGUCAGAUGCCAAGAAGUUCAGCAGGGUAGAGCAUCUACUACAUCAGCUGCAUCUGUAAGUGUGUCCUAUCCACAGACAGUAGAUCUCCAGACUCGUAAAGAGGAACUCUUUAUAUCAAUUGUUGGAAAUUAUUUCCAGACCACACCACCACGUUCCGGUGAAGAGCACAAUGAGUUUAUGGAAUAUGUAGAAAAAAUGAGGCUCAUCAUUAAUGGUGUCUCUAAAGGAAGUUUGGUGAUAACGGUGAAGUGUGAAUCUCUAAUGAUCUUGGAGGACUUGUGGACAGAUUACUCAUCUGGUCAUCUUGGUGAAGUGGUUCAGAAUUGUUUUGUAACUGAAAAGAUCUUGAAGGAACUGAAACUGGCCGAGCUGAGGCUGAAGACAACAAUGGAUGUAGAAGAGUACAAUGCAUGCAAAAUGUUCUUUGAGAAAGAUGCACUUAGAGGUUGGUAGAAAGUAUGUAACAAGGCCUGGUCCUACUAUGAAAUAUUUGUCAAGGGUUUUGAAUGAAAACCAUCAGUCUUUCCACAUAGAGUAUGGUAGGGUACAUGUCAUGAAGGGAUGGGUCCAGUUUUUAUAUCAAGAGUUAGGGAACUUGUCUCUUCAAUAAAUUCAUGCUGACUACUGUAUGUAAACCAUGCCAAUGCAAGCAGUAAUUUGUUUGCAAGAUGUUUCAUUUGAUGUUUUGUUCUUCUCAAACAUCUCUUCCCAGAAGCCUGUUAUCUUUCCUACUAAGACAUCUGGCUUGAUAUUUCCUCUCUAUAGGGUUGUUUUUAUCUUUCCUUAAUUUAUUUGAUUGCAUCAUUAAUCAAAGGUUAAUUGGCAAGACUUUUGUUGGAGGGACCAUGAAAGAAAAUUUUUCUAGUUUUUGCAUGUUGUGUGUUUUUAAAAAUAGUUUGAAGUGUCUUUAUCUUUUAAAAUGUGUGUCUUCUUGUAAAUUUGAUUUUAGAAGCCCUAUCCUCUGAAUUCCGCUCCACAAGUUCAACCAGUGAAAGUCCACAAAAAAAAGAACAAUGGGAAAAAAGUGAACAGAAGACAAAGAUUAUGGAGACAGUGAAAUUGGAAGGUGAAAAAGAAAUUAAAAACUUGUAUUAAUUUACUAUGGAAAGUUUUUAUGAACAGUAAUAACAAGUAUGUGAUAAAUCUUCAAAGAAUAAUUUCGGUGCAAUAAUGUGGCAUCAAUAAUAUAAUAUAAUUGUACACAGCUGAAAACAGCAAUGGACAUAGAAGAGAACAAUGCAUAUACAAACUGUACUUUCUUGAGAAGAAUGCACUCAGAGGUCAGUUGAAAGAAAGAAAAAGGCCUGGUCCUGUGGAAAAAUGUCUUGAAAUUAUUAAAAACACAAUGCAUCACUCGUUCAACAUGGCGCACCAUAGGGUUAACAGAGGUGUAGAGGGGGGUCCAGAUUUUUACCAAGAUAGAACCAAUUGUUUCAUGACUAAGCUCAUGCUGACUAUGUAUACAAUAACAAUCUGCAGCUAGAAGUGAUUUGUUCAAGAAAUUUCCUAGUAUAUUUACCUUUCUGUCUGGUUGUAUUUAUCUUUGGCUCCAAAUAUAAAUAAAAUAAAAUAAGCUAAAGUAAAAAAUUGGCAAGGUUUUGGUUGAAGGAACUAUAAAAGAAAAUGUUACCUGUAUUUGUGUGUGGGGUUUUUAUAAAAAUGAUUUGAGGUGUGUUGUAUGGUUUUGAAUGUCAGUAUUUAGUGGUUGCCUCAUUAUUUGUUUUCUUUUAAAUCUGAUUUUAGGUGCCUCAUCAUCUGAAUUCCACUCCAUAAGUUCAACCAGUGAAAGUCCACAAAAUCAAGAAGAGCUGAAAAAAUGGAAACAGAAGACAAAGAUUGUUGAGAGAGAGAAACUGAAAGGUGAAAACAAAAUUAAAAGACAUAUUAGGAUGUUAAGGAAAGUUGUUGUGAACAGUAAUAACAAUUUAUUAUUUGACAAAGAUUUGAAGAAUUAUCUCAAUGCAGUAAUGCAGUGUUAGUAUUAUUUUAAGAGUACAACUUAUGGGGAACAACUUACAGCGUAUCUGCAGAGAGGCUGUGAAUGCUGAUCUCUCCCUGUACUUUUUGUCCUUAGCUACUUCACCCCUCACUGUAAUACCCACCACUGGUCAUGGAAAAGAAAUUAUAGGAAAAGCACAGGGAAGGAAAGGUGAACAGGAAGCUCAGUUUGAAUUAAUAUCUGUAGUAAAUAUGUUCAGUAUGUUCAGUUAUUAUGUCAAGUGUAAAAAAGUGUGCUUUUGGGAUUAAACAUUUAAGGUUGUAAGGGUCUGUAGGGUAAAACUAAACUGACAAUUAUUUGAAAUACUCUCAGUUCUUCAUUAAAAAUAUUAAUUUGAAAGAAAUUAAAACCCAAAUUAGUUUUACCUAAAUUUUGUAUUUAAGAUAAUUUUCAUGCACUAUAUAGAGAUGGUCACAUGACUUGUUGGUUUGCUGUGUUAUCAUCUCUCAAAUGAAAGUAACACCUUGAAUACUAAUAUUGCUGUAAAUAAUGUAAAAUAGAUAAAUGUAAAUUACUCCAAAUAUGAUUGUGCCUCAUUCUCUACUUAUAUUAAAGGGAAUUUGAGUUGGUUUGUGGAAUUAAAACAAUAAUUGUACUGUAUGUAUGUAUUUGAAAUGGAUGUUUUGAACAGCUUUCUCUAAAUCUAUCCUUAGAGCUACAGGUUGGUAUGCCUGUUUCAAACUAUUUAUCAGAAGAAAUGCUAAUCUCUCUCUGUAUAACUUUGUUUUUAGGCAUGUUGCCUCCCCUUGGAUCUUCCACCUCUGAUCCUGAAGAAGAACUAGAAGAGCUACGUAUGAAACUUCAAACUAUGAAAGGUGAAUGAAAAAGUGCUGUUAAAUUGACUUUGAUGGUAAAACUAAACCAAGAAUGCUUUUAAAUAAAUUUAGUUCUCAUUCGCAAUAUUUUUUUGAAAAGGAAAUUACACCCAAUGUAGUUUUCCGUCACUCUGUGCUUUGCUAUAAGAGAAAAUUAAGAUAGUAGAGGCUAGGUUGGUGAAACAGCAUAUAAUGAUAAACUUAGUUUUUUCAGUGUUGAUCUUAAAUUAUGCCUUAAAAACUGACUGUUGUGUAGCGUAGAUAGAUUUUGUACAUCAAAUACAAUCAGUUAAUGGCAUGUUGGUUUGACCUGUUAUCAUGUCACUAUUAAAGGUAACACCAUGAAUUGUUCUUUGUACUUUUCCCCUUAAAGUUGACUCCCAUUGCUGUGGACACCCUCGGGGGGAGAUUUAGUGUCUGUAAUAGCAAAAAGUGUGUAAUAAUGGGGUACAAGAGAAAUAAACAUUUGUUUUGUUUCUUAACAUAUGACAUAAAGUUUCCACAAACCAGAAAAAGAUCUGGCUGUAAGCAGAAAAUUUCAUAUGUUCACACCCAAUUGAAGAAUGGUUUCUUUAUUUCCCUUUUUCAUAAUGCUGGUUCAUAGUACGCUAGUCAUGAUUUUGGACAAAGUAAAUAAGUGUCUAUUAUAGCAAGAGAAAAAACAAGUGAAAAGUCAUGCUGGGGGGUAGGAAAGAGUCUGCAUUAUUGCAAUAGCAAGAGUCUGUUAAAGAGGGAAUUUAUCAGUCAUUUCUGUAUGUGUUUUUCCAGGAGCUGACUCUUGUCUGCAGUGGCAAGAUGUCUGUAAUAGUGAGGUGACUGCAGGGCUAGAGUUAACAGAAGAUUAAUCCAAAUUUGGCAUUAUCAUUUCCUUUCUGUCUGGUUGUAUUUAUCUUUGGCCCCAAAUAUAAAUAAAAUAAAACAAGCUAAAAUAAAAAUUGGCAAGAUUUUAGUUGGAGGAGCUAUAAAAGAAAAUAUUACUUGUAUUUGUGUGUGGGGUUUUUAUAAAAAUGAUUUGAGGUGUGUUGUAUGGUUUUGAAUGUCAGUAUUUAGUGGUUGCCUCAUUAUUUGCUUUCUUUUAAAUCUGAUUUUAGGUGCCUCAUCUUCUGAAUUCCACUCCAUAAGUUCAACCAGUGAAAGUCCACAAAAACAAGAAGAGCUGAAAAAAUGGAAACAGAAGACAAAGAUUGUUGAGACAGAGAAACUGAAAGGUGAAAACAAAAUUAAAAGACAUUAAGUUGUUGUGAACAGUAAUAACAAUUUAUUAUUUGACCAAGCUUUGAAGAAUUAUCUCAAUGCAGUAAUGUGGCAUUAGUAAUAUUCUAAGAGUACAACUUAUGGGGAACAACUUACAGCACAGCUGAAGAAGAAGAGAGGCUGUGAAUGCUAAUCUCACCCUGUACUUUUUGUUCUUAAAUACUUCACCCUUACUGUAAUACCCACCACUGGUCAUGGAAAAGAACUUAUAGGAAAAGCACAGAGAAAGGAAGGUGAACAGGAAGCUCAGUUUGAAUUAAUUUCUAAAGUGAAUGUGUUCAGUGUGUUCAGCUAUCAUGUCAAGCAUAGAGAAGUGUGCUUUUGGGAUUAAACAGUUAAGGUUGUAAGGGUCUUUUGGGUAAAACUAAACUGACAAUUAUUUGAAAUACUCUCAGUUCUUCAUUAAAAAGAUUAAUUUGAGAGAAAUUAAAACCCAAUUUAGUUUUCCCUAAAUUUUUUAUUUAAGAUAAAAAUUUCAUGCACUUUAUAGAGAUGGCACAUGAGUUGUUGGUUUUCUGUGUUAUCAUCUCUCAAAUGAAAGUAACACCUUGAAUACUAAUAUUGCUGUAAAUAAUGUAAAAUACAUAAAUAUAAAUUAUUCCAAAUAUGAUUGUGCCUCAUUUUCUACUUAUGUUAAAGGGGAUUUGAGUUGGCUUGUGGAAUUAAAACAAUAUACUGUAUGUUUGUAUUUCAAAUAGAUGUUUUCAACAGCUUUUUUAAAUCUACCCUUAGCUACAAGUUGGUAUGCCUGUUUUUAACUAUUUAUCCAUAGAAAUGCUAAUUUCUUGAAGUAUAACUUUGUUUUUAGGCAUGCUGCCUCUUCAUGGAUCUUACACCUCUGAUCCUGAAGAAGAACUAGAAGAGCUACGUAUGAAACUUCAAAUUAUGAAAGGUGAAUGAAAAAAUAGUGUUAAAUUGACUUUGAUGGUAAAACUAAACCAAGAAUGGUUUUAAAUACAUGUAGUUCUCAUUCAAAAUAAUUUUUUUGAAAGGAAAUUACACCCAAUGUAGUUUUUCGUCACUCUGUGUUUUGCUAGAAGAGAAUAUUAAAAUGGUAGAAGCUAGGUUAGUGAAACAGUGUUUAAUGAUAAACUUAGUUUUUUCAGUGUUGAUCUUAAAUUAUGCCGUUAAAAACUGACUGUGAUGUGGUUUAGAUAGAUUUUGUACAUCAAAUACAAUCAGUUAAUGGCAUGUUGGUUUAACCUGUUAUCAUUUUGCUAUUAAAAGUAACACCAUGAAUUGUUCUUUGUACUUUUCCCCUUAAGGUUGAAUCUUGCUGUGGACACCCUCGGGGGGAGAUUUAGUGUCUGUAAUAGCAAAAAUUUUGUAAUAAUGGGGUACAAGAGAAAUAAACAUUUGUUUAGUUUCUUAACAUGUGAAAUAAAGUUUCCACAAACCAGAAAAAGAUCUGGCUGUGAGCAGAAAAUUUCAUAUGUUCACACCCAAUUGAAGAAUGGUUUCUUUAUUUCCCUUCUUCAUAAUGUCGGUCAUGCCAGAUAGUCAUGAUUUUGGACAGAGUAAAUAAGUGUCUAUUAUAGCAAGAGAAAAAACAAGUGAAAAGUCAUACUGGGUGACAGGAAAGAGUCUGCAUUAUUGCAAUAGCAAGAGUCUAUCAUAGAGGGAAUUUAUUUCAUUCAUUUCUGUAUGUGUUUCUCCAGGGGCUGGCUCUUGUCUGCAGUGGCAAGGUGUCUGUAAUAGUGAGGUGACCACAGGGCUAGAGUCAACUGUAGAUUAAUCCAAAUUUGGCAUUGUUUCAUUCUCUACUUUAGCUGAAGAUGGUAUUGAGUUGGCAUGCAGUAAAAAUACAUAAUAGUUGUUUUUAACAAGGAUCAUUGGAGUUAUAAUGGAGAACUAAGACUAUUUUACUUUAACAUGACUAUAAUUUGCUGUUUGCACAGGUGUACCUGUUGUUAUCUUUUCUAUGUAAAGUAAGACACUGAAUUUUGAAAAGAUUUGUAUACCUUUGCUCCUAGGUUCUUCAUCUCCCCCUCUUCUCUCCACCAUUGAUCUUGAAGAAAAGCUGGGGAGCAUAUGUGUGAACCUUAAGAUGCUUAGAGUGGAAGGUGAAUAGAAAAAUUCAUUUCUUAUCAUUUUUAGGGAGAAACUGCAUGAUCCAAGAAUGCUGUCCAUAAAGUUUGCUUAGGUUUAAAAUGGGCUAACAUAUUAAAUAGGUAAAAACCAAACAUUUUUGGCACUAGGUCAUCAUCAGGGUGAUGAUGACCUAGUGUUGAAAAUGUUUGGUUUUUAUUACUUUUUUAAUAUUUUAGCCAUGUAAAUAGCUCAAUGCCUUUAAAUAUUUUCACUUUUUUUUCUUGUAAAUGCCUCUGAGAGAAAUUAUUCCUUAUCUGAGAUAUUAACCUUUUCCUGUCUUUGUUUUCAUCCAAGAAUACUGCUAAAUGCUCUCAGCUUUUAUUCAGUAACUUAGUUUAGUUAAGGAACGUAUUUUCAAUUCAGUUUUACCACUAAAUCCAUGAUUUCAGUCAAAGAUAGUAUUGAAUUGGCUGUGGCAUGUGAUAAUGAAACAAUACUUAGAGAUAGCUAAUUUCAUUGUUCUCUCCCUUGACCCCAAUAGAUGUUAUUAUGCCUUUACUUUUUAUAUCAGGUUAGGAACUAAGUACUAAAUAUAUUUCUGUGUACCUUUGCUCUCAGGUGGUUUUUCUUUCCUUCAAUUUUCAACCAUUGAUCUUGAGAAAAAACUAGCUGAACUAAUCAUGGAGCUUCAGAGGCUCAGAAUGGAAGGUGAAUAUAAAAUGUUUAUCGAUUCAUUAUCAGAGAGAAAUAAAUCCAAGAAUGCUAUUAAAGGCUUUAACCCUUGUAUCGAAUUAUCACUUCUCAAGGAAACCUGUUAUCUGAUUUUAUUAUUAUUGAUGAAUGCUUCCACUUCUUAUUCUAAUCAUAUACAUUUUCAAGGGAAACUUUUCCUUAGUAAAGAUAACCCUGCUGCCUUUAUGGCUAAUUUAUAGCUAAUAGGUUGCUGUCCUAUACUUUCAGGUAUUAUGUAAAGUGUUAGCUUUUAUAUGAAUUUUUUUCUUAAUUUAGUUUUUGUUAAUUCUGUGCUGUGGUGAAAGGGAGUAUUAAGUUGGCUGUGGCUUAUUAUGAUGAAACAAUUUUUCUAAAUGGUUGAUUUCAACAAUGACCAGAGGAAAUUAAUAAGGAAACUGACACUAUAAUUGUGCUAUCACAUGACUGUAACACAAUGUACAGCGUUAGUCUAAUGCCUGUUUUUAACCAUUUUUGUAAGGUAAGGCACUGAAUGCUAAAAACAUUGUAUCCUUCUAUUAACCUUUCCUUUCAGGUACUUUGCCUCCCCCUGAACUCUUUAUUGCUGAUCUUGAAGAUGACCUAGAAAGACUACGUGAAAAACUUAACAGACUCAGAAUGACAGGUGAGUGAAACAUUUGUAUUGGCCCCGUUGAACAGUGAAGAUACUAUUUUUAUCUUUUAUUUGUGAGGAUAAUGGUGUCGCCAUGGUUACUAACAUGACUAGCCAAUUACAAGAGAGCUUCCCGCUCAGGCCGGUUCUUUUGCUGUUAUAAAAUUUUUCCCUUCUUCAUUAGAAUUUUGACUUUUUGGAACAGAAAAUAUAAGUACUAUUGUCUUUAUUUGGCCUUUAUAACUUUAUUUCCCAGUUUCAUAACAUUUCUGUGACAGGCAUUUUGCGAUAGGUGACCACUUUAAUUGCAAUUCUUUGCUGUUUCGAAAAUGAAUAAAAAAAAGUUGUCUUUUAUGUAGGAAUUUCAUCAGUAUCUUUAGAAUAAACAGAACAUUACAUGGCCGCUUGGGGAUACUCGUGCUGAAAGUAUUUCUCACGAGUGAGCUCCGCUCACUCGUGAGAAUACUUUCAGCACGAGAAGAUAAAAUUCGUAUCCCCAAGCGGCCAUUUAAUAUCCUCUAUAACUUCUCUUAAAUAUCUAAGCCCUGCAUGCAACUUACAAAACAUCUGCGCCAGUCAUUACAUGUUAAAACAUGGAAUGGUGUGUAUCUACUCCAUAUUUAAGAUAAAUCCCUCCUCUUAUAUAAUACUUUCAACCAAGAAUGCUGUUAAAUUCUCUAAACCAUUUUGCUGUUUACUUCUUCUCUCAGGUAGAUCACAUCCCCUCGUUUCCACCAUUGAAGUAGAACUCGGCGAACUACUCAAGCAACUUCGGAAAUGGUGGAAGGAAGGUGAAUAAAUAAUGCACAUUUAAAGAGAAAAUAAUCGAAGUUGAAUGGUAUUAAAAUACUUCCAGUUCCUUGUAGGAUUACAUUACCGCUCGCGUAUACGUUAACCAAAAAGGGAAAAAUAAAACGCAUGCAAUUGCGAAUAAAAAAAAUGUGCGCGUCAAAAAAUCGCACGUGCGCGCAUAAGCUUGAUACGUCUGCCUCAGUAGUAUAUACGAGGUGGUCCUUUUGUUUUUCUAUUGUUGGCGGUUUACCGUUUUAAAGAAUAGACUACGAUGUAAUAGCACUAAGAUACAAUACGGCUACCAACGACAAGCAAACUUGUUCGUUUCAAUCACCGUUCUAACCGACCUUCCCGAUAUGCCGUUACAAACUACUGCGACUUCGUAAUCGGAAUAUAUAAAUAAUUUAUCAUUUUCCAAAUGAAUUAUUUUAUCAAAAUAGCUAUUUGUCACUCGGUUAAAAAAAAAAACAUCCGUCACAACGGCUUGGCAAUUCAAAAUAAAUUUACUCUCAGUGUAUCGUAAUUAGAAGCAGUUGAAGAAUCGGCUAAGGCGUCCGUUUGUAACCAGUUGUCGCAUUCUUAAUGCCAACCCGCGCGCGAAUGUUUAUUUCAUAGCUUUAUCAUCGGUGAACAUGCUGUUCUCGAAAACCGGUUCGUUCAUCGCGCCAUUUAUUAAAAAACUAAUAAGUUCCACUAACUUAUUUUAAUGGUUUUGUUUAAUGGUGUUGUUGAAAAAAAUUAAUCAUUAACUAAAACAAAAAUAAUUGAUUAGAUGAGAAAAAUAUUACAGUGAAUUUUAUGGGAAAUAUUAAAGGAAAAAGAAUUGUAGGAAAAAGAACUGUAGGGCUGAUUUAGACAACCAAAAAAAAGUAUUUUAAGCUUUCUGAAUGGCUAAUAAAAAAUAUAUAUAUUUAAUAUAAUUAAUACAUUAAUAUAAUAAAUAGAUCCUUAAAACAUUGUCAAAAGUUAUAUAUUUCGGCAAAACGAUACGAUUUCGUUACUUCAGUCGACGGCCCAAAGGUUAAACUAUGAAUGAAGCGCUGACAACUAGACUUUACUUACUUACAGAAUACAAGGAAAUUUAGAUCUUGUCAUGAGCUGUCAUAAAAACUUACAAUAAAAUUACGUGUCAUGCACCGUCAAUAAAUGAUUCGAAAAACGGGAACAUCGGAGUAUUUUUCUUUUUUCCUUUUAUUCGGGGUUUUUAUUGAAUGAGGGCGACAGUUCUUUUUCCUUUAAUAUUUCCCAUUAAAUUGACUGCAAUAUUUUUCUUAUCAUUUUUUUUUGGUUAAUAGUUAACUUUUUCCCACUUUUUCACUCGUGGUCACUCGUGCGUACUUUUAGACAUGAUCGUCAAAGUUGCAAUUGUUUAUUGUAUAGUAAAUGGUUUGAAGCCGGGGGUAACAUGCAAUAGUAUAGUUUGAUCGUCCGGGUGAGUGUAGUCCUGAGAAGGACUGUUGUCGGUAGUGGUGACUGACGUUUCGACAAUCUGAGCGGUAGUCAUCAUCAGAAUCAAGUGAAAGGUUGUUGUCAGUCGAAUGUACUUACUCCGGUUUGUGUACACUGAUUGGUCAGUUUUGCCGUGAUGUUAUUGGCUGUAAGACUCAAGUGGCGUAGGUCAGUCGUGAUUGGUCGGUUUGGAACCGUUAGUGAAGUUAGGUCGUUCUGUUCGGUUCGUUUGUAAUGCUAAUGUCGUGGAUGAGUUGUUUGUAUGGUGCCGGUAGUGGUUGACACCUGUUGAGGGAAGUCUUAUCCAAGUUAGUAAACCAGCUUUCCAGGGUCAGUCGUUGAAAGUAGUUGGUACUGUAGGUUAGGCAUUACGCAGAGUCCCGGUCAAUAGUGUGGUUCGUAAGUCGGUGAUGUUCAGCAAUGUGAUUGUUGACAUCGCCUUUCCUCGUCGCUCGUUUGUGUUCAGUCAGUCUAGUUGCGAGGUUUCUGCCAGUCUCACCGAUGUAGGAGGUGUGGCAGUCGGAGCAAUUGAUCUUAUAUACUGCUCCUUGUCUGUUCCUCGGUUCGUCUCUGUCUUUGAUGUUAGUCAGUAACUGACGUAGUGUGGUAAUAGGUUUGUGAGCGACGCGGAUAUUGAAUGGUUGUAGGAUGCGUGAGAUGUUCUCAGAUAUGCCCUUUAUGUAUGGUAUAGUGGCUGUGGUCGUAUGAGUUGCGUUGCCGUUAGCUUCGGUAGUAGUAGUAGGUCUGUGAGUGUUACGUUGGAUAAAGUCUUCGUUGUAGUUGUUCUUUGAAAAAACACGGUUCAGGUACUUGUUCUCGUCGGAUAAGCUGUCUGUCGUAUUACAUACUAAUUGCGCUCGUCGGGUAAGAGUCCUGAUAGUAGUGGCUUUGUGUGAUGUCGGGUUGUAGGAUGACUCGUCCAGUAAUCUGUCAGUAUGUGUCGGUUUCCUGUAAACUGUUGUCCGUAGUGAAUUGUCGUCACGGCUUACCAAGCAGUCUAGAAAAGGUAGUUUACCAUUUUCUUCGACCUCUCUAGUAAACUGUAUGUCAGUGUUUUGUUCGUUAAGGUGGUGGUGGAAUGCGUCGAUUUCGUCGUGUCGUACGGCAGUGAAAGUAUCGUCAACGUAGCGUAACCAAAGUGGUAUCGUCUGUCGGCAAGUCGAAAGGGCGCUUUCCUCGAUGUUCUGCAUCACAAUUUCUGCUACAACAACAGAAACUGGAGACCCCAUAGCUGUACCGUGUAACUGUUUGUAGUGUUUGCCGUUGUACUGAAAGUAAGUUGAUGUCAGGCAAAGGUUUAGUAAGUCCAUAAUGUCCUCUGUCGGUAGCGGUGGAGGGUCGGUAGAUUGUAGGAUAGCAGUCUCAGUAUAUUGUAAUGCCAGUUGAAGUGGAAUACUUGUAAAAAGCGAUUUCACAUCAAAUGACACUAGUUUGUAGUCGUCAGGUAUCUGUACAGUCUUAGUGGCGUUAAUGAAGUCCUCGGUGGAUUGUAGUUUUCGUCUGGAUUUGUCGGUGAGCGGUUGUAGUAUUGUUGUUAGGUACUUGGACAGUUGGUAUGUCGGAGAACCACAGAAGGAAACAAUAGGUUGCAUUGGGAAACCAGGUUUGUGUAGUUUCGGCAGAGCAUAAAGUUUCGGUGGCUGUGGUACUGAGCACCUUAGUCGGUAGUAGCGCCAUUCCGCCGUUCGGCCGUUCCGGCUUUUAGGGUUGCCCGAAAUUGGGAAGCAAUAUUAGUGAGUAUUCGCUUCGUUACUCGCUUAAUUAUACCCGUGUUUCGAUGCCUUUUGUAAGUGACAUUUUCCUUCCCAGCUAAUUCAUUAACAACUCAAAUCAAGCAAAUAUUCUGCUACUACUCGUUAUUCCAUAAAUUCGCGAAGCGAUGCGACAUGCGUAGCAGUCGAUGCGACAGUGUAGCAUUAUAGCUUUUUUCAUUAAGUAAAUUUUCCGUUGUCGACUCGUCUCAUUUUCAAACCUAAAAGUUCUUUGUUUUACACACCAAUGUAAUGCAAAGGAUACUUAUAGUACUGAAUAACAAAGGCACACGAGUUGCACAUUUUUUUCCACCGUGCGCGCAAAACAGUCGUAUAUGUGCGCCUGACUACCGUGCGUCUGAGCGUAUGUAAUUCGUCUUCGCAGUUAACACAUACGCGAGGGGUACUGUAUCAUUCAUAACUCUGAGGGACUACAAACCGAACUUCGUUAACAAACCGACCUGCCGACUAAUCAGCCCCACCAAAUCCGAGAUUGGCAGAAUCAGCAAAGCAAUCCUCGACAGAAUCAUCAACAAAAUCACGAGAGCAACACGGUAUCUGUGAUCGAGUGGUUUAAAGCCAUUAAAAACAAAAACGCACCACAGUUUUAUUUGCUUUGACAUCGAAGAAUUCUAUCCCUCCAUUAGCCAAGACCUCCUGAACAGAGCACUCGACUUAGCUUCAACCUACGACGUCACCAACGACGAAGAAACAUCAUGUAACACAUGCAAAACAUUCGAUCCUUAUGCACAAACAGCAACCUUGGUAAAAGAAGGUCGAUACAGCAUUUGACGUCCCAAUGGGCAGCUACGACGGUGCUGAAACAUGCGAGCUAGUAGGAAGCCUUCCUCCUUUCCCAACUUCGAAACAUCAACAUCAGACUUUUCAUUUCAAACGCCACACCCAGAGAAACAGAUAAAAGAAAAUUUGCCGAGGUUUUUUCGACGAGGCGUCGUAAGAAGUUGUUUCGUGAUGGUAGAGGAAUAUACAACCAUCGCAGAACGAUUUCUCACAACGCCUCGUCGAAAAAAUCGAGUAGUUUCUACGCAGAAUGCACUGGAAAGCUUACUUCUUCUUCAACCCUGAUACGACCACAUGCUCUUAAGACACAUACGACUUCAAGUCUACCAAGAACCCCUCUCGGAUCGACUAGUUAAAGGAAUUUGAAGAUGACAUGCUAAAGAUGAUAUUUACAAAACAUUUUAAACAUGUAGACUGAACAGUUUUUCAGUUAUUCUUAACAGAUUUUUUUCGGUUUUAGAGCAUUUUUGUUCAAAUAAAGGUAAUCUACUUUUACUUUUGAAAAAGUAAAAAAUCAAACAUUAUCAACACUAGGUAAACAUCACUAGGAAGAUUAAAUAUUCUAGCCAUGUAAAUAGCCCAAUGGCAUUAAAUGUUUUGAUAUUUUUUCCAGUAAAUACUUUUAAAAGAAAUUAUUCCCUACCUGAGAUAUUAACCUUUUUCUGUCUUUACUUUCAUCCAUAAAUACUGUUAAAUGUUCUCAGCUAUUAUUCAGCAACUAAGAAUUGGUUAGGAACAUAUUUUCAAUUCAGGUUUGCCUCUAAAUCCAUAAUUUCAGUCAAAAGUAGUAUUGAAUUAACCGUGGCAUGCGAUAAUGAAGAAAUACUUAAAGAUAGCUUAUUUCGUUGUUCUCUCCCUUGACCUAUACAGAUGUUAUUAUGCUUUAAAUUUUUAUAUCAGGUGAGGCACUAAGUGCUAAAUAUAUUUCUGUGUACCUUUGCUCUCAGGAAGUUUUCCUGUCCUUAAAUUUUCGACAUGUUAUCUUGAGGUAUUACUAGCUGAACUAAGCGAUGAGCUUCAGAGGUUCGGAAUGGAAGGUGAAUAUAAAAUGUUUAUUGAUUCAUUAUCAGAGAGAAAUAAAUACAAGCUUGCUAUUAAAGGCUUUCACCCCUGUAUCAAAAUAUCAUUUUUCAAGGGAAAUUAUUCCUUAUUUAAAAGAACCUGUAGUCUGAUUUUAUUACUAUUGAUGAAUACUUCCACUCUUUAUUCAAUUCAUUUAUUUUCAAGGGAAACUAUUCCCAAGUAAAGAUGAUCCCUCUUCCUUUAUACUUUUGGCUAUUAUGUAAAGUGUUAGCUUUUAUAUGAAAUUUUUCUUAAUUUAGUUUUUGCUAAUUCUGUGCUGUGGUGAAAGGGAGUAUUAAGUUGGCUGUGGCUUAUUAUGAUGAGACAAUUUUUCUAAAUGGUUGAUUUCAACAAUGACCAUAGGAGAUUAAUCAGAAAACUGACACUAUAACUGUGCUAUCACAUGACCCCAACACAAUGUACAGUGCUAGUUAAAUGCCUGUUUUUAAUCAUUUAUGUGAAAUAAGGCACUGAGUGCUAAAUACAGUGUAUCCUUCUGUUUACCUUUCCUUUCAGGUACUUUUCUCUCCCCUGCACUCUUAACUGCUGAUCUUGAAGAAAAACUAAAAAAACUACUCACAGAACUUGAGCGACAAAGAGAUAAAGGUGAGUAAAACAUGUGUAUUGGCUCCGUUGAACAGGGCAAAAGAAAUAUGGAAAGUGAUGCAAGGAAAUGGUUGCACUAGUAUUUUAGGCUUGUUUUUCUAAGUAACAAGCUGAAAGGUUUUAGUUUGCCAUAAAGGACUCCUAAUUAUAUUAUCUUCCCUCAAAUAUCUAAGUCCUGCAUGCAACUUGCAAAACAUCUCCACCACCCAUUACAUGUUAAAACAUGGAAUGAACUAACCCCUCCUCUUAUAUAAUGCUAUCAACCAAGAAUGCUGUUAAAUGCUUUAUACCAUUUUGCUUCCUUCUCUCAGUUAGUUUACCUCCCACUUUUUCCACCAUUGAAGUAGAAGUAGACGAACUACUCAAGAAAUUUCAGAAAUGGCGGAUCGAAGGUGAAUAAAUAAUGCACAUUUAGAGAAAAAAUAAUUGUAGUAGAAUGCUAUUAAAAUAUUUCCAGUUCCUUGUAGAAUAAUAUUACCGCUCGUGUAUACAUUAACCAAAAAACGCGAAUAAAACGCGCCAAAAAUCGCAUGCAAAUGCGAAUUUAAAAAAAUGUGCGCGUCAAAAAACUGCACAUGCGCGCAUAAGCUUGAUACGUCUGCCUCGUUAGUAUAUAUGAGGUAAUCCUUUUGUUUUUCUAUUGUUGGCGGUUUACCGUUUUAAAGAAUAGGCUAAAUAGAAAAACGAAUAGAAAAAAAUAGAAAAUAGAAAUAAUAGAAUAGAAAAACAAAAUAAUUAUAAGUUUUUGUAUAAAUGGCGCGAUGAAUAAACCAGUUUUCGAGAAUAGCAUGUUCACCGAUGAUAAAGCUAUGAAAUAAACGUUCACGCGUGGGUUUGCAUUAAGAAUGCGACAACUGGUUACCGAGAACGAAUUCUCAAGGCCGUUGUGACGGAUUUUUUUUUUUAUACGAAGUGACAAAUUUUGAUUAAAGAAUUCCGUUGGAAAAUGAUAAAUCAUUCAUAUAUUCCUAUUAUGACGUCGCAGUAGUUUGUAACAGCAUAUCGGGAAGGUCGGUUAGAACGGUGAUUGAAACGAACAAGUUUUCUUGUCGUUAGUAGCAGUGUAGUAUUUUAGUCCUGUUACAUUGUAGCCAAAAAAAGCAUGCAAUUGCGAAUUUAAAAAAAUGUGCACGUCAAAAAAUCGCGCGUGCGCGCAUAAGCUUGAUAAGUCUGCCUCUUCGUUCUUCGAUAAAUUCGCGAACCGAUGUGACAUGCAUUAGUGUAACAUUAUAGCUUUUUUCAUAACGUGAGUUUUCCGUUAUCGACUCGUCGCAUUUUCAAACCUAAAAGUUAUUUGUUCUACACAACGAUGAAAUACAAAGGAAAUUUAUAGCCCUGAAUAACAAAGGCACAUGAGUCGCGCAUUUUUUCGACCGUGCGAGCAAAACAAUCGUAUAUGCGCGUCCGACUACCCUGAGUCUGAGCGUACGUAAUUCGUCUGCGCAGUUAACAAAUACGCAAGCGGUACUGUAAAAUAUUUUCCAGGGAACUCCUGCAUAUGCAGCCUUCUACUGCAGUAAUUAUUAACAAUUGCUAUGCUCAUUGGAGGCCUUAUACAUCAGUUAUGUUCCUCCAUUGGCACCCAGCACUUAGACGGAGACUGUUUUCACGGGUUGUAAAUCCUGGCAACCCAGCCCAUGAGGAGAAAACCUCCCAUUGCACUAGAAAAUAAAAAUUGUAGAAGAAAAGGAGCAAAAUACCAGUGAAAAGUGAAUUUCUUCUUGGUGGAUGUUAAAAAAAUAUCUGGCUUCUUAGGAUAAGCUCAUUCUGGUCCUGGAAACUUUCAAAUUUUUCUAAAUAUGCAAAAUUACAUGUACUGUUUCAUGUUAUACACAGUUUGCGUGGUGCGCGCGUGCAGUGGUUUAGAUCUGCGCAAGUGUCAAGUGCGCGGUAUUGUAGUGGAUACUACUCCGGCUUUUUAUCAGAUUGCCAAGGCGUUUUUAAUUGUAUCCAUUUACACCCUUCAGUUUGUUAAGGCACUGCAAACUUUAAUGUACGGGUCAAAGCCAGAACACAGUGUUCACAUGCAGUUUGUAACUUGGAUUUUGUUAAUUGAACGUUGAAGAGCCUUUGUGGAAGCUACCUUAGAGUUACAAUAAUCACAUGUGCUACCUGACGUUAUUAACUUUACCUCAUACUAUCGCUGGCCACACCUGUGGGUAAUAUGAAGAGAAUCCUGUGUUGGGAUUGACUAUCUAAACAGACACUCCUUAGUACAGGAGGAGGAGUAUGUAGGAGGGUCUCAAUGAAGUUAACCAUAAACCGUAAAAUGGAAAAAAAAAUAGCCUUAGGCAUAAAAAUCGACAAAUUUCAACUGUCAGUCGUAAAAAUGGAUUACUGAAAAAAUUUUUCUUUAAAAUUCUUUACAGAUUUUUGCAAGAUUUUCAUUGGAGGGGCUAUGAAAGAAAAUGUUUCUAGUUUUUACACGUUGGGUGUUUUUAAAAAUAGUUUGAGGUAUGUUUAUGGUUCAAAAUGUUUGUCCUCUUGUAAAUCUGAUUUUAGGUGGUUUAUCCUCUGAAUUCCACUCCACAAGUUCAAUCAGUGAAAGUCCACAAAAAAAAGAACAAUGGGAAAAAAGUGAACAGGAGGCAAAGAUUGUGGAGACAGCGAAAUUGGAAGGUGAAAAGGAAAUUAAAAAAACUUAUAUUAAGUUAUAUGGAAAGCUGUUAUUUUUGAAGUUAAUGUAAUUGAAACUUGUUGCUCAUUAUGUUCAGCUACUACCAGUAAGCCAAGUAAAAAGUUGUAUUGUAUUGCAAGUUAUUGACUAUUUAAUGUUCUUCAUGUUUGUUGAGUUUUUCCCUUUGUUAUUGGGAAAAGUACCCGCUUUUAAGUGGAUUUAGUUGAUCUACCCUUAAAACUGAUAUCAAAGCACCUUGAAAUGAAUAAAAAGAUGUGGGGCUUACUACUUUCAGUUGUUUUUGCUGACGUGUUGAAGUCUAACAUGGGUUCCAGUUUGGGUUCAGAUCCCCCUGACAUGCUCCAAGAAAAAAAAGAAAACAAUUUAGCAAAUCACUGACUUGUUGUUUUGAUGCAUUGACAUUGAAGAAGUGGAAGAAUUCAUCCGUGCGUAAAUUGGCCUAAAAAGUUGUAGGAGUGAAGCCAUGAAACUUCAGGAAAAAAAUGAGAAAUCAAGAAAGAACGUGAAUGUGGUUUUAGUCAUCUUUUAGAAUAGAAAUUAAUGUUAUUAAUAAGCAAGAAUGCUUCUGUCAGCAAUUAUGAAAAAUGAUACUUGUCAAUGUAAAUUAUUAGAAAUGUGUCUCUGCCUCAUUCUCUUCUCUAGUUAAAGGUAGUGCUGAGUUUCCAUGCAAUGAAUUAAGGAAACGUUACAUACAUUUAGAGUGAUUACUUUUGCAGUUGUUCUCAUUGGUUUUUUUUUUGGUUUUAAAGCUUUUGUUUUUAAAUGAAGGUAAUCUACAGUGUACAUGUACCUACUAGUAUCUUUAAAUGCAAGUUAGUAUGCCUUUUCCCAACUAUUAAUUAGUAGAAAUGGUAAUAUCUCCCUGCAUACCUUUGUUUAUAGGCAUGUUUCCUCUUCCUGGAUCUUCCACCUUUGAUCUUGAAGAAGAACUAGAAGAGCUAUGUAAGAAACUUCGAAUAAUGGAAGGUGAAUAAAAAUAUGCUGUUAAAUUAAAUUUUGUGGUAAAACUAAACCAAGAAUGCUUUUAAAUACAUUUAGUUCUCAUUCAAAAUAUUUUUUUUGAAAGGAAAUUUCACCCAAUUUAGUUUUCCCUCACUCUGUGUUUUGCUGUAAGGGAAUAUUAAGAUGGUAGAGGCUGAGGAUGGUGAAACAGCAUAUAAUGAUAAACUAAGUUUUAUCGGUGUUGAUCUUAAAUUAUGCCUUAAAAAACUGACAAUGAUGUAGUUUAGAUAGAUUUUGUACAUCAUAUACAAUCAGUUAAUCACAUGUUGGUUUGACCUGUUAUCGUGUCGCUAUUAAAAGUAACACCAUGAAUUUCACUUUGUACCCUACCCCUGAGGGUUGACUCCCAUUGCUAUGGACACCCUCGCAGGGAGAUUAAAUGUCUGAAAUAGCGAAAAGUCUGUAAUAACGGGGUGCGAGAGAUAGGAAAUUGUUUCGUUUCUUAACUUAUGAAAUAAAGUUUCCAACGUGGCCUCACAAACGGGAAAGAGAUCUGGCCGCAAGCAGGAAAUUCUCAUGUUCACACCCUGUUGAAGAAUGGUUUCUUUUUUUUCCUUUUUCAUAAUGUCGCUUUAUAGUAUAUUAGUGAGGAUUUUGGAUGAAGCAUUAAGUGUCUGUUAUAGCAAGAGAAAAGAACAAGUGAAACUUCGUGUUAGGGGGGCUUGAAAGUGUCUACAUUUCGGUAAAAGGAAGAGUCCGUUUUAAAGGGAAUUUAUUUCGUUUCUUCAUGCUUUUCCCCCGGGGCUGGCUCUUGUUUGCAGUGGCGAGGUGUCUGUAAUAGUGAGGGGUACGCAAGGCUAGAGUAAACUGUAGACUAAUCCAAAUUUGACAUUGUUUCAUUCUAUACUUUAGCUAAGGAUGGUAUAGAGUCGGCAUGUGGUAAAAAUACACAAUAGUUGUUUUCAACGAUGAUCGUGGAGUUAUAAUGAAGAACUUACACUGUUUACUUUAAUAUGACAAUAAUUUGCUGUUUGCACAAGUAUAUCUGUUGUUAUCUUUUAUGUUUAAAGUCAGACACUGAAUUUUGAAAAGCUCUGUAUACCUUUACCCCCAGGUUCUCUCCACUCUCUCCCCACCACUGAUCUUAAGGAAAAGCUAGAGCAAGUAUUGGAGGAAACUGAGAUGCUGAGAAUGAUAGGUGAAUAGAAAAAUUCAUAUCUUGUUAUUUUUUAGAGAGAUACUGGUACAAGAAUGCUAACAACUCUCCAUAAAGUUUGCUUAGGUUUAAAAAAUAAACUAAGAUAUUUAAUACGUAAAAACCAAACAUUUUCGAAACCAGGUCAUCAUCAGGGUGAUGAUGACCUAGUGUCGAAAAUGUUUGCUUUCUAUAUUUUUUAAAUAUUUUAGCCAUGUAAAUAGCUCAAUGCCAUGAAAUGAAUUCAUAUUUUUUCCAGUAAACACUUUAAGAGAAAUUAUUCCCUACCUGAGAUAUUAACCAUUUUUUGUCUUUACUUUCAUCCAAGAAUGCUGUGAAAUGUUCUCAGCUGUUAUUCAGUAACUUUGUUUUGUUGAGGAAAAUAUUUUUAAUUCAGUUUUGACUCUUAAUCCUCAAUUUCAGUUAAAGGAAGUAUUAAAUUGGCUGUUGCAUGUGAUAAUGAAAUAUUAUUUAUAGAUAGGUUAUUUCACAAUGAUAUAAUGGAAAACUUGCAUUAUUGUUCUUUCACUUGACCUCGAUACACGUUAUCAUGCUUUAACUUUUUUAUCAGGUGAGGUACUUAGUGCUAAAUAUAUUUCUGUGUACCUUUGAUCUCAGGUGAUUUUUCUUUCCUUCAAUUUUCAACCAUUGAUCUUGAGAAAAAACUAGCUGAACUACGUAUGAAGCUUCAGAGGCUCAGAAUGGAAGGUGAAUAUAAAAUGUUUAUUGAUUCAUUAUCAGAGAGAAAUAAAUCCAAGAAUGCCGUUAAAGGCUUCCACCCCCGUAUCGAAUUAUCACUUUUCAAGGAAAAUUAUUCCUUAUUUAAAAUAAUCUGUUAUCUGAUUUUAUUACUAUUGAUGAAUGCUUUCACUCCUUAUUCAAAUUAUACAUUUUCAUGGGAAACUAUUCCUUAGUAAAGAUGAUCCCUCUUCCUUUAUAAUUAUUAAGUGAGAUAGUUAUCUAAUACUUUCAGUUCUUCAUAUGAGCCUAGUACAAUGUGAAGUGUUUGUUAAAUGCCUGUUUUUAACCAUUUAUGCGAGGUAAGGCACUGAAUGCUGAAUACAGUGUAUCUCUCUGUUUACCUUUCCUUUCAGGUACUUUGCCUCCCCCUGAACUCUUUUCUACUGAUCUUGAAGAUGAACUAGAACGACUUACACGACUUCUUAUGCUUGAACCAAGAGAAGGAAUGAAAGGUGAGUGAAACAUGCGUAUGGGCUCCGUUGAACAGGGCAAAAGAAAUAUGGAAAGUGAUGCAAAGAAAUGGUUACACUAGUAUUUCAGGCUGGAUUUUUUAAGUAACAAGCUGAAAGGUGAAACACUUUCUCUGAGUUUGUUAUAAAGGGUUCCUAUUAUUUUCUCUCAAAUAUCUCAGCCCUGCAUGCAACUUGCAAAAAAUCUGCGCUGCUCAUUACAUGUUGAAGCGUUGAAUAAUAUGUAUUUACUCCAUAUUUAAUAUAACCCCUCCUCUUAUAUAAUGUUACCAACGAAGAAUGGUGUUUAAAAAUUCUUUAAACCUUUUUGUUGUUUACUUCUUCUCUCAGGUAGUUUACGUUCCCUUUUUUCCACCAUUUAUACAGUACAUGAACUACGCCAGGAACUUGAGGACGUCAAGGUGGAAGGUGAAUAAGUAAUGUACAUUUAGAGAAAAAAAAAUUUUAUUAGAAUGCUAUGAAACACUCCCGCUUCUUUAUCGAAGUAUCUUUUUCCACUGAACUCCUGCACGUGCAGUCUUUUUCUGCAGUAAUUAUUAACAACCGCAAUGCUUAUUAGAGGCCUAAGAUAUAAAUUACAUUAUUACAUUGGCACCCAGCACUUAGAUGGAGACUGUUUUCACGAGCAACCCAGCCAUCAGCCGUCAUGCAGUAAGGAGACAACCUCACAUUGCAUUAGAAAAAGAAAAUAAUAAAAGAAAGGAAACAAAAGCUCAGGGAAAAUUGAAUUUCUUCUUAGCACGUGUUAAAAAAUAACUGGCUUCUUAGGAUAAGCUCAUGCUGGUCUUAGAAACUUCCCAAUUUUGGUACAUAUGCAAAAUUACAGGUACUGUUUCAUGUUAUGCGUAGUUUCGUGGUGCGUGCUUGCAGUGCACGGGAUUUGCACGCACAUCAAGUGCGCGGUACUGUCGUGAAUCUUGGAUACAACUCUAGCAUUCUAUCAGAGUGGUUAGGCAUUUUUAAUCGUAUCCAUUUACAACCUUGAUGUGUUAAGACCCCGCAAGCGUCAAAUUGUGCUCUAAUUCAGAACAAGGUGUACACAUGCAGUUUUUAAAUUGAGUUUGUGUGUCGAACGUUGAGGAGCCUUUGUGUAAGCCACCUCAGAGUUACGAUGACCACAUCGCGUUACCAGAGGUUAUUAGCAUUUCCAUAUUGCUGCUUCAAUAGUGCAUGUAGUACUAAUGCAUGUGAGUGAACUGUAGUACGUGUAGGAGGGUCUCAAUGGGGCUAACCGUUAAACGUAAUAUAGCAAAAACAUUUUGCCGUCAGUCGUAAAAAUUGACGAAUUUCAACGUUAGUCUUAACUUAAACGUAAUAUAGCAAAAACAUUUUGCCGUCAGUCGUAAAAAUUGACGAAUUUCAACGUUAGUCUUAACAUAACGUAACUGUUUAUUCACAAUUCAAGUUUUAAUGAAAGGUAAAAAGGAAACAAAAGAGGUUACCCUUUCAAGUUUGUUUCCUAAAAUAAUUAAAAAUUACGGUAAAAUAGUUCAAAAUUUCCUAAAACAUUAGUAAAAUGGCGUCUGACUCUGUUCUUGAAAAUGUUUAGAGUUUCUGCCUCUGCAUCUUUUUUAGGUAAAUUAUUCCAUUCAUUGACUAUAUUUGCACAGAAAGAAUACUUAAAACUGUUCAGCUUUGCGGGCAAUGGUUUAAGUUUAUGGCGAUGGUUGGUUCUUAAUGGUCGAAAAUCAUGUGCAAAUGUAAAAUACUCAAAUGGGUGAAGCCCGUUAAGACGGUUAGCCGUCUUAUAGCACUCGGUAAGCGAAGAAAAUAAUCUUCUCUGAUGUAGAGUUAGCCAUUUAAGGACCUUUAAGCGCUCUUCAUAUGACAUAUCUCGGGCAAUGUUUCUGAUUGCAUAUCUAGGUGUUCUGCGUCGUACUUUCUCUUAAAUAACCGAAUCCUUUUUGAGGUGUGGAGACCACACUGGAGAGCAGCACUGAAGUAUUGGACGUACUAAACUCAUAUACAAUUUCGAGAACAAUUUAGGAUUCCUGGGGCCCUUUCUUCGACCUAUAAAUCGGAGAACGUUGUUUACCUUGUUUUCAGGCUCCAUGAUAGAUUUGAUGUGAUGUGAAUUCCAAGAUCCUUAACUUAUUUAUUUAUUUAAGGAUUUGUGCAAAGUAGUACCGGAUAGUUUUCUUUUUUAAAUGUCUUCAUAUCUUUAGGUAUAUUGUUCCACAAAUUUGCUAUCCUAUUAAAAUAGAAGUCCCAUUAACCUAUUUGCGUUAGCAACUAUCAUGAGUAUAUAAUCCUUCCAAGAGGUGUCAUUUACGAUCACUACCCCUAAAUCUUUUUUAGUUGAGACAACCUCCACAUCUAUACCAUUUAUACUAUAGCUACGAUAUGAACUAAUACGCUUCCUAGAUAUACGCAGAUUACUGCACUUUGUAGGCUGAAAAUACAAUUAAUUUGACAAGGACCAAGUUGUAAGCGAAACUAAAUCCUGCUGCAAUUUCGAAAAAUCAGCAUCAUUAUUUAUGAUCCCAUAACAUCUAGAAUCGUCAGCAAACAUAGCCAGCGUCACACUAUUAAUUACAUUUGGCAUGUCAUUUACAAAUAAUAAAAAGAGAAUCGGUCCUUGAAGUGACUCCUGGGGUACACCUGACCCAAUGCCAGUCCAAUUACUGAAAGUUCCAUUUAUAACCACUCUUUGACGCCUUCCAGUUAGGUAUGAGUAAAACCAGGCGAGUAGGGGAUCAUCGAUUCCAAACGUUUUUAGCUUCAACACGAGCUUUGCCGGGCACACAGAAUCGAAAGCCUUGGCAAAGUGCAAGUAAAUUAUGUCUGAUUCUAACUUGCGGUCCAGUGCAUGACCAAUGUCAUAGAAUACUUUAAUAAGCUGAGUAACGCAAGACUUGCCCUUCUGAAAACCAUGUUGAAAAGGAUACAAGAUCUUCUUAACGUGAGGGACAAGGCGCGAGGCCACACACUUCUCCUGAACUUUAGAGAUCACUGGAAGUAACGACACGGGGCGAUAAUUUUCGGCAAACUCUCUUUUCCCUCAACUAUAAGGUUAGAUUACAAAGAGUUAACCAAAGAAAUAUUUCUUUUGAACUCCUUAACAAGAAAAAGUUAGCCCUAAUAUGGCCAAAAUUUUAACCGUUAGCCGCAAAAGCCAUCACCCCAUUGAGACCCUCGUGUAGCUCGUGCAUUAACAAAACGUGUUGGUGGUAUCUUCAAAUGAUAAAUUUAAAUUUGAUCCCAAGCUUGUCCGUGAUCUUUCACAGUUAAUGACAACAUUGACUCUUGCGUUGUCUUUUAAGUAGUUCCUCAUUUUAAUAAUUUCUCUGAACUGAGAAUGUGACCUUAAGUACUAAAAUAGUUUGUGUCUUUUUGUGUCCUUCAUGAUAGCAUUAGAGAACGCCAUGUAUCCGACCAUUAGAUCAGGACUGGCGAAGUUUGAUGUCAGCUUACCCGGGGAACUCCAGAAAUAUGUCAGCACCUUAUUAAAUGAGUCAGCCAAACUUCACUUCCGCAAGCAAGGUACUUAACAUUGUUAAAAUAAGCUUGUAUUGGCUUUGAAACAUAUGUCCAGCUAUCUAUAUUCGGUGGUAAGAUUAUUGAGAAAUGCUGGGUUUGUGUAAUGGUCAAGGAAUUUUUCUUUUAACCCAGAUUUGUGAUCUAGUGUUGGGUUUUUUUCAUUCUCAGUAGAUCUGGUACCUUAAUGUAAUCAUCAAAUGAGCUGCGCGGUCUAAUGCCCGUUCCUAAUAAGAAAAGAAAAGAUUUAUAAAUAAACCCCUUUAUGAAGGCCAUGCGCGGUUGCCCUGGCAGGGGCAUUAAAAGCUGCGGGGCCAAGCGUGCGUCCAUGCGAGAAGAAAGUAGAAUGAGUAGAGCGGCGUUCAUGGACUAAAAAUCUGAUUGACUGAGUAAGAUCAAGCUGGACCCACAUGACCCCUCUACUCAGUCCAUAAGUGCAUAGAAUUCUGAUGUUAAAGCUGGUCGCUUAUGUGGUGUAACUUUAGUACUUUAUGAUCGUGUUUUCAAGAAAAGACAUCUCUUUCCAUUUAUCAACACUAGUACUUCGUUGUUAUGUUUGCAAAGUGAAAACAGUUUUUUUCUCUUGUGUUCUUGAAAAUAUUCUGAAACUUUAAAACCAGAUUUGGGAAAAAACAACGACAGCAUGCAACUUUUCUCGCACGCAUUUUCGACUCUAAGAGUUUUAGAUUACUAGGGAGGGGAAAGAUGAUAUUGGAAUAAAACUUUAUGACAAUGAAUUACUCCUUCGCAAAUGAUUUGCUGACAUUUUAAGACUUCUUGGAAAACAAAAAGAAAAAGGGCCUAGCUUAAUGUUUUUGGUAUCGCACGACCUUUAUUGUUCAUUCUGUCCGUCUCCUUGUUUUCCCAACUGGUUUCCUUUUACUUGGGAUGAUUCAACAAUAAGUCGAAACACGGAGACUCGAUUUUUUCUUGUUUCCAAUUUGUUUAGGUAUUUUUUGUCAGUUUUUGGACAAAAACAAUGUAAAGGUAGUUUUUUUCGCUGUAUUGUUUUCAAGUAAAAAUUAAUAUUUCUUUUGUUUUAAUCCUUUAGUACUCCAACCACCUCGUGUCUUGGAGGAAUUACGAGAAGCAAUGGAUAAAGACGAAUUGAUAGCAUUCCUUACUAUUCACAUCAGAGAAGGUGCAUGGCAGGUGGUGCUGCUGUUUACGGAUGAGCUCCCCAGGGUUAAACUACCACGGGACUGGUGUGGUAUAAUUCAUAACGAGGACGAGGACGAGGAGGUGUCUAAUGAAGUGAUAUACAGUUCGACUUCAGGCAUAUUGAAUGUGUGGCCAACAGAGUACGACCCUGAUUUGAUAACACUGUGUAAAGCGAUCACCAACAGGGACUGGAAAGUAACCAGAUUAAUUCUCUCAAGGAGUCGGAUAUCUGAUGAAGGUUUGAAGAACUUGAGUACAGCGCUUCCUCAGAGUGAACUUUACAGCUUGACACUGCAUGGCAAUGAUUUACAAAGUCAAGGAUUAAAAUACCUGUGUGAAGUGCUGAUCAGUAGUGACUGCCACUUAACCAGCUUAAACGUCAGUUUCAAUAGGUUAGGAGACGAAGGAAUCGUGCUCUUGAGUAACGCGCUAACCAGCGUUAACUGCAGAUUAACCACCUUAAACGUCAGUGAUAAUAGGUGGGGAGACGAAGGAAUCGAAUACUUGUGUAACGCACUAACCAGCAUUGACUGUACAUUAACCAGCUUAAACGUCAGUGACAAUAAGUUUGGAGACGAAGGAAUCAUGCACUUGUGUAACGCGCUAACCAGCGUUAACUGCAGAUUAACAAGCUUAAACGCCAGUUACAUUCAGUGGGGAGAGAAGGGAUUGAAACACUUGUGUGAUGGACUUACCAGCAGUAACUGUGUGUUAACCAAAUUGAAAAUCGGUUCUAUUAGAUUAGGAGAUGGAGGAAUCAAAGAAUUGUCUGGAGCUUUAACCAACGGAUUCUGUACAUUAACAAGUUUAGACAUAAGCAACAAUAAAUUUGGAGAUGAAGGAAUCAAGCACCUGUGUAAGGCCUUGACUGAUACCAACUGCAAACUACGGAGCUUAGACUACCACGGAAAUCGGAAUGUAACUGAUAAAGGCAGAAAAUAUUUGUCUCAAAUGUUAACUGGUACUGAUUGGGAAGUUAGAGGAGCACAACUUUCCCGUUCAACUACAAAGUAGACCAAGUAACAAGUCAGAGUCAUAGAGACCUGACAGGUUCCUCCUGUUACGUUUCGCUUGUCAUGAAAUAAAUUCCAUUUUUAUAAAUGACAACUUAGAGAUUACUGUUCAAGGUGCUUAAUUAGAUAACUGACCUUGUAGUCACUAUCACUUGUUGAACGGAGUAUUAAAAAUGACCAGCAGUGAGGCAGUCGAAACAUCGCGAUCAAGAAUUGAGAAAUGACUCAGUAUCAUGACACAAAUGAUUAUUUAACGUUCAUUAUUCGAUAGACGAAUUUCUCUGUGUUAAAAAAAUAGGCUAUAAAUGCAACUGCAAUUUCGUAUAACGGGUCUGUUGGCAAUAAUGUUGUUACUUUUGUAACAAAAAGUUUCAAACUACAGACAAUAGGUUAUACUGGUGAUUUAGCUGUAAUGAGAUGCCAAAAAUAUUGAAAUAAGAGAGAUGAUAAGUUUUGAGCUCGGUAAAGAAAUAGAGAAGGAUAUUUUCUUCGCCUUGUCACGAGCGAGGGACAAAGGAAAAGUUCUGAGUCCCCAUGUCAUAUGAACUUCAUAAUAGACCUCACUUACCUCGGAGUCUCUGUGGCUCAGAGGUAGAGUAUCAGAGCGCGGAAUCCAAAGGUCUGAGGUUCCAUUCCUCAUGGGAACUUUUUCUUGUCUCGUAACAAGACGAAAAAAAACAUCUUUCUCAAUAUUGAAUUAUUUUUUUAUAACUUAUGUAAUGAAUAUCGUUGUCUUCUAAGAGAAAACUUUUAAAAGGUCUGUAUGAACUAGUGACUUAUAAAUAAAGUAACAACAUAUUUUUCUCAAUUUUUAGUGGCUUUCAAUUUUUAGUUGGUGGAUUCCAAGAGUGUAUUGUUUAAGCUUAAACGAAAUAUACUUGGACAAAAAGGAAUAUUUUGUUCUGCCUUGUUCGUUUUCGAAGCCAAAUGUAGGCGUUGUACAACCAAUUGUACACUCGUUCAAAUGAGUUUAUUUGGACUUUACAUAAGUCAUUUACGCAAAGCUUGUACUCUAACUCGGAAUUUUUUUUCAUCUGAGCUAAUGAUUUUAUGAAGAGCAGAGUUAUGUAUUACUCUAAAAUUACACAUUAAUGCUAGGAAAUUGUUUUACGGGUUACGUAGUCCUUAUAAUGUAUAAUCUCUUUUUCAGUUUACUGUAAUAGUUCAGAAUGUAAUCUAAUAGAUAGUGUGUAAGUUAUUGUUCCAAAAUUCUCAACUCUCUGUAGAAAUCAUAUUUUACAUAUAUAUUAUAUAUUUUUUAAAGGACCACACUAAACUGCGAACUUUUUUAACCAAGGACAUUGAAUAUGUGCAAGGACUGCAGUU